UGAUAGGCCGCCCUGCUCCCUGUGGCUUUCCCAGCCGCAUCCAACCAUCAUCAACCUUGCAGCUCUCUCGCUUUUUUUUCUUUUCGCUCGCCUUGUUAGCUAUUAGUGGGGGUUGUCUUCUUUGCUUUUCUACUUUCUGCCCAUUGCACGUCCAUCGGCUCGCUGACAACGUCGACCUCACUGCAUCACUUUUAACCCAAAGGCCAUCAAUUGAUCUGCGGGACGCGUCAGUCAGCAACGAUGCACUUCGGCAAGACCCUCCGCCAGGCCAUCUACGCGCCAUGGAAGGACAAGUACAUUGACUACAACAAGCUUCUGACGCUCCUGCGUGAAGACACCCAUGAGGAAGAGGCCGACAACUGGACCGAGGAGGACGAGAACCGAUUCUACGAUGAAAUCUUCAAUGUUCAAUUGGAAAAGGUGGCCAAGUUCCAGCAAGAGCAGGUCGACGCUCUCAAGGACAAGACAGAGGCCGCCUUUGCCAAGCUUAAGGAGUUGAUUCCUGCUCCCGCCGAGGGAUCAGCUCAGAGCGGCAUCCGUGCCGACGUCGAUGCCUCCAAGCUCAAGGAAUUGGAGGCUCGGCUCGACAAGAUCACCAAUGAUGUAAAGGAACUCAAGAAGUACAGCAGCAUCAACUACACUGGCUUCCUCAAGAUUGUCAAGAAGCACGACCGCAAGCGAGGCGAGCACUACCGUGUCCGUCCCAUGAUGCAGCACAGCCUGUCCCAGCGCCCCUUCAACUCGGAGCAAGGCUACUCUCCCCUCCUCACCAAGCUGUCCAUUAUGUACUUUGCUAUCCGCCAGCAGCUAGAGGGAGGCGACAAGCCCACUCCCCUCCUUGACCUGGAGAGCCCUGCUGAAAUCCUUAACGGCGAGCGAUAUACCGCUCACAAGUUCUGGGUCCACCCCGAUAACCUCCUCGAAGUUAAGACGCACAUCCUCCGCCACCUUCCUGCGCUGGUUUAUAGUGAUAUGGCUUCCAAGGAAUUGGAGGCAAAUGAGUCACCGGCCGUUACCUCCAUCUACUUUGAUAACAAGACCUUUGAACUCUACACGGACAAGAUAGACAGUCAAUCCGCUGCGUCUUCUCUCCGUCUUAGAUGGUACGGCCAACUCAAUGCCAGGCCAGAUGUAUUUGUCGAGCAAAAGGCUGUCGAGAAGUCCGGCGAAAGCCAAGAGUCCAAGUUCACGGUCAAGGAAAAGUACAUCAAGGCGUUCCUCGACGGCAAAUACUCCACCGAUAAGGCCGUUUCGAAGAUGGAGCGUCAGGCCCAAACUGCCGAUCGCAUCGAUAACUACAAGCAGACUGUUGGCAGGAUCCAGGGCUUCCAGCAAGAGAAGAAGCUGCAGCCUAUGCUCCGUGCCAACUAUGUCCGCACCGCUUAUCAGAACCCUUCCGAUGACCGCCUCCGCAUCUCUAUCGACACCAACCUCGCCUUUAUUCGUGAAGACGCUCUCGAUACUUCUCGACCUUGCCGCGACCCUAACGACUGGCACCGUGCUGACAUUGAUGAUGGCAACAUGUCAUAUCCUUUCCGCAACAUUAACCAGAGCGAAGUCUCCAAGUUCCCUUAUGCUGUUUUGGAGAUUAAGCUCAAGGAAGACGGAACCCGGAAGCGUCCUGCCUGGAUUGAAGAUCUUAUGACCUCCCAUCUCGUCCAUCCUUCUCCCCGCUUCUCAAAAUUCGUUCACGGCAUUGCUUCGCUGUUCGAAGACUACGUUAACAACCUUCCCUUCUGGCUCAGCGACCUGGAGACAGAUAUCCGUAAGGAUCCUCAGGCUGCUUUUGAGAAGGAGGAGAAGCGUCGUGCCCAACUGGCUGACGAUGCCCUUGCUGUUGGCAGUUUGGUCGGUACCGUCCCUAGCUCCUUCAAAAGCCCCGCCCAAAGCUCCCCUCUUAGCAAGUCCUACUUGGCCGAUCGUAUGAUGGCCGAGUCAUCGGCCAACAUGUCGCGCACGCCUGGUGGCAGAAACAGUCUUCUUGUUGGAGAUGAGGUUGGAGAAUCAAGCGGCCAAAACGGCGAUGAGCAGGUCAGAUCUAACGGACCUCUCUCGUCGGUGCUCCCCGGACUGUCACUCUCCAAGUACGCACGCGCUAAGCGAGCUCAAAACGCCCAGAAGACCCAGCAACUCCCUGAAGGCGUCGUCGAACCUAUCGAGUGGAUCAAAAACAGCGGCGAGUUGAAGAUUGAGCCCAAGGUCUGGCUUGCCAACGAGCGUACUUUCCUCAAGUGGCAGCACAUUUGCGUUCUCCAAGGUGCUCUCGCGCUUGGCCUGUACACUGCCGCUGGCGACAACACUCUGGGUCAGGUUAUGGGUAUCGUCUACAUCCUCAUUGCCGUCUUCGCGGGCGUCUGGGGUUACGCCAUGCUGCAGAAGCGCCGCACCAUGAUUAUGGAGCGCAGUGGCAAGGACUUUGACAACAUUGUCGGCCCUGUUGUUAUUAGCGUUGCUCUUAUGGUUGCAUUGAUUACCAACUUUACACUUCAGUACCGCGCCGCUUACAAGAAGAUGUACCCCGGUGUCCCCACCGAUGAUGAUCUUAUCAUGGAACUGAGAUGAGAGACAAUUCUCUGUCUCUGGAAAGUAGACUCACGAUGGGCUGCGCAGCAGCCGAUGUAGCCUUUUUGUAUAGAAUUUUUUGGAUGUCACUGGCGUACUCUGUUACUGAAUACAACUCGAUUGUUUUAUAAA